AUGGCUUACCCCACUGUGAGAACUUUAGCCUUAACUCUCGGUAACCUGGACUUAGACUUAAAGAAUCGUGAAAGUAACUUGCAAAAAAUGCCGAGAUCAUGCUGUGUUCCACGAUGCAAGUCCAUCUACUAUUCCACAGAUGCUUCAGGCUUUCGCUGUCCAAAGGAUGAAAAACGUCGUGAACAGUGGAGUAAAUCAGUUCACAGGAAAGAUUUUGUACCGAUUGACAACACUAUAAUAUGUAGCAAGCACUCCCAGCCACUGUUCAUCACCCCUGAAGAGAGCAUUUCUCGUACUGAUGAUAUCUCCAUUCUUGGAGAGUUUAAUGUUCAGCACCAGCUUUGGCUGUCUUCUCCCUUCAAUGACCAUCCUGGUGAACUAGCCUUUAACUUUGCUAUCCUCCAUGACCUAGAGCAACUGGUGCAACAUCCUAUUCGUUUUUCUAACCGUCUUGAAGAUACACCAAACAUUCUUGAUCUUCUCUUAACCUCUCUCUAA